AUUGCAAGGGGACUGGCGUGUGGAGCUCGUCGUGUUUUUGUGAGUUUAUUCCAUCUGUCUUCCACCAUCACGACGCUUGGGAAAGGACCUCUUGUAAACUGACGCACGCCUGAUGCAAUUUUCUACCAGUGCCUUGUUUAUUGCAGAUUCAUCACGCUGUGAGCCUUCCACACACGCAUGGGAGCUGUCAGAGCACUUCACCCCGACUGCCCUUCACCCAACCCUACAAUUAACGGUUGACCGGCACCGAUCACAGGUGGUAGAGAGCCUCCAGAUAUAUCCAGCUGUAUAUGAGGCGACCAUCCUGCUUUACAAUUCUUUUCACCAGGCUCCCGAGCCUGAGCUACUCGCGGAACCUUCGGGCGUGUUUAGGCAUCGGUUGAAGUGCCUGGUGUUCCUCGGUGUCAUUUUCCAGGAAUCAAUUUACUCCUCCAUAUCAGCAUUCGGCGGGGGUGUCAGCCUAGACCAUUCUUUCACCAACCAGUUAGCCGCGUUAGAUGAGUCACUAUCAAAGCACCACCAUCGGUGGGAAGGCAAAGUUGAUAUGCUCUAUGCGAUUCUCUUCGGUGACUUUUGUGAUGUGAAUCACCGGCGUGAAACUCCGGAGAUUGACUUUGUUAUACGGCUCUCUGAUGGACUGGGCCAGCUCAGUCAGCAUGCCCGCAAGGCUAUAGGGCAAUGCCUCCUGAACAUGCUCUUGGAAGAGAAAUGAGUCGUGAUACUACUGAUACAGAAGCGCCACUGGGUCGUAUCUUACGUCAGCGACUCUUCUAUCCCCCUAAUGGCAAGUUUGUAUAGGAUUUUAAAGUUAUUACAUAUUACUCAGAGCGAGCAGCUUUACCGCCACCUUGCUGUCUAUCAUAUAGGAAAGCUGUAGAGGUGGAGGCCAACAUGACAGUCUUGGC